CUCUUAAUUCUCCCUCAACUCGUACCUUCUUUAAAUGAUUAGAUCCCAGUCCAACUCACACCCUUUUGUUGUUGGGCAAUAAAAUUUAGCAUUUCAAUGAAAGAUUUUAAGUUUCUUCUUUCUUUCUUCUCUGUUUUCUUUUCUUUCUUCACCUUCUCCAUUGCUGCUGAUACCAUUGCGGUCAACCAGACAAUCAGAGACGGCGAGACUAUAGUUUCUGCUAGUGGCAGAUUUGCUCUGGGAUUUUUUGGCUAUAGCGGUUCAAGCAGUCGAUAUGUUGGAAUUUGGUACCCUUUCUCCAAUGAGACUGUGGUUUGGGUUGCCAACAGAGAAAUGCCACUCAAUGAUUCAUCUGGGUUUUUGCAACUUACCAGUACGGGAAUUCUUGUUCUCCAUAAUACAACAAAAACUGUCAUAUGGUCAUCCAACACAUCAAGAGAGGUGCAGAAUCCGGUAGCUCAUCUUUUGGAUUCAGGAAAUCUUGUUGUUAGAGAGGCAAAUAAUACAAAUGACGAUAAUUACUUAUGGCAAAGUUUUGAUUACUUGAGUGACACGUUUUUACCAGGCGUCAAAUUUGGCAGCAACUUGGUAACUGGCCAUGAUCGAUACCUUGUAUCCUGGAAAAGUACCAGUGAUCCUUCUUUAGGUGAUUCUACAACUAGGCUUGAUCCCGGUGGGUAUCCCCAAAUCUAUAUCAGGAAAGAUGAGGGAAUAGUGUUUCGUUCGGGACCUUGGAAUGGUCUUAGAUUCAGUGGGAUGCCUAGUUUGAAACCAAACUCAAUUUAUACUUUCGAGUUUGUUUACAAUCAGGAGGAGAUAUAUUAUAGGUAUGUUGUUAUUGGCAACUCAGUUAUUUCAAUGAUGGUGCUAAAUAAUGAAGGUACCUUCCAGCGGGUUACAUGGUCUAAUAGCACUAAGACUUGGAAUCUGUACUUAACAGCACAGAUGGAUACCUGCGACAGAUAUGCAGUAUGCGGACCAUAUGGAAGUUGUAACAUUAACAAUUCGCCGGCAUGUGCUUGCCUGAAUGGUUUUGUACCCAAAAAUGAGCAAGCUUGGGAUUCAGGGGCUUGGUCUGACGGAUGUGUUAGAAAGAAUGAAUCAAUUUGUGGGGCAGGAGAAGGUUUUCAGAAGAUAUCAGGUGUGAAAUUGCCAGAUACAAGAAAGUCCUGGUUUAACAGGACCAUAGACCUUAGAGAAUGUGAGAAAGUGUGCCUGAAGAAUUGCUCUUGCACAGCUUAUUCAACUUUGAAUAUCUCAGAUGGAAGUGGAUGUUUGCUUUGGUUUGAGGAACUUAUUGAUAUCAGAGAGUACAAUGAAGACGGCCAAGAUUUUUACAUUAGGUUAUCUGCCUCUGAUUUGGAUACAGAGUCAAGUCACAGCUCCGGAGGGCAAACACGAGUCUGGAUCAUAGCUGUCUGUGUAUUGGUUGCGGUAGCUGCUUUACUGGUCUUUUGCCUACUGCUGCAUAUCAGAAGGAAGAAGUUUCAGAGAAGAGGCAGCAUAUCACUGGUGCAAGAAAGAGACUAUACAGAUGAAAGAAGGGAAAGAGAUUUUGAGCUGCCACUAUUCGACUUAUCAACAAUAGCUAAUGCCACUGACAACUUCUCAGAAUACAAUAAGCUAGGAGAAGGUGGGUUUGGACCGGUCUACAAGGGUACACUGAAAGAUGGGCAGGAGAUAGCUGUAAAGAGGCUAUCAAAGGAUUCCACACAGGGACUUGAUGAAUUCAAGAAUGAAGUCAUCUUCAUUGCCAAGCUUCAGCACCGAAACCUUGUGAAGCUUCUAGGUUGUUGCAUUGAGCUAGAAGAAAAAAUGUUGAUCUACGAAUAUAUGUCAAACAAAAGCUUAGAUGCUUUCAUUUUUGAUCAAAAGCGGCGAAAACUGCUGGAUUGGCCUAUGAGAUUCCACAUCAUUAAUGGGAUUGCUCGUGGGCUUCUUUAUCUUCAUCAAGAUUCCAGGCUGAGAAUCAUCCACAGAGAUCUAAAAGCUAGUAAUGUAUUGCUAGACUAUGAUAUGAACCCAAAAAUUUCAGAUUUUGGAAUGGCAAGGAGUUUUGGGGGAAAUGAAAUUCAAGGAAACACAAAAAGAGUAGUUGGAACAUAUGGUUACAUGUCUCCAGAAUACGCAAUUGAUGGUCAGUUUUCAAUAAAAUCAGACGUAUUCAGUUUUGGUGUUUUGGUGUUAGAGAUAGUCAGUGGGAAGAAAAACAGAGGAUUCUAUCAUCCAGAUCACAAGCACAACCUUCUUGGGCAUGCAUGGAGACUCUAUCUAGAAGAGAAGUCACUGGAAUUGAUGGACGAAUCUUUGAAGGAGUCUUGCAUUUUAUCUGAAGUGACGCGUUCAAUCCAUGUUGGUUUACUAUGUGUGCAACAGAGUCCAGAAGAUAGGCCUAACAUGUCAACUGUGGUAUUGAUGUUAAGUAGUGACAUUGCAUUGCCUCAACCUAAAGAGCCUGGUUUUUUCACUGAAAGGAAAGUAUUGGAGCAAGAAUCUUCGUCCAGCAAGGUUGAUACAUGUUCAGCAAAUGAAAUUACCAUUACAUUGUUAACUGCAAGAUGAAGAACACAUUUUUCUUGUUAUUUUCAUACCUUAAAUUAUUUGAGUUUGAUCAUUUGCUUCGUACAUAUCCAACGGAACAGGUUUCUGUAAAUUGGUUGGGCUAAAUGAGCUAAUCAACUAGUCUUUGAUUUGGUUUUUUAAGUGCAAUUGGCAAGCGCUGAUGUAUGAAUGUUGAAAAUAAGCAAACAGACAUAUUUCUGUAGCCAGAGUUAAAAAUUGUUGGAGUCCCA